AUGGCCAAAACACCGGAAAUACAAGUAACGGAAGUUUCAACCGUUGAAGGUACUAUAGAGUCAUUACAUUAAGUCAAGGAAGUGUAGAGAGAAAAGAAAAAGAGAAAAUUGAGCAGACACGGAUUAAGCUGUCAAAUCCUGGAAAUGGAGAACAUUAAUAGAAACAUUUACUUCAAACUUGAAAAUGAAUUUCUUUGAAAUACUUGUGACGACGGCUUCUUCAAGUCACGAUAGCACCGUAACUGAAUUACACGGAUGUCGAGUUUGUUUUCGACUAUAAGAUACCCAUUUUGCAAGAUUGCGAAAAAUCUUCCUUUCUGACGUCACACUUUUCUGUCUCAAUUAAGUGUCUUGCAUACCCCCCCGCCCCCCGCCCCCUUAUAGAAACGUUAUUUGUGUGUAUCAUUUUUCAUAUCUCAGUCACUUCGUACUGAUGUUAAUUCUGACUCCACUACACAGCAUCAACAGACAAAACGUAAUGGCAAAUAAGUUUAUUUUGGGACGGCUUGGCGAGAACCAACCCUACAAAGUACUUAUGUAAAUACAAUAAUAGGUGAUUACUGGUGAAUACCUAAUGUACAACACUCGUAAACUAGCUUUCACAAAAAGAAAAAACUCGUGCUACAAAUGGUCGCUCUUGACCUGAAUCACCCAGUUAAGCACGCAGGCUUAGUGCCAGUUAGGCUGCCAGUUAUUCUGGGGAAACUAAUUAAUAAAACUCUGACAACAUAUAGCUGGCACAGGGAACACUGUAGGAGCACAGAGGCUAAGCAAAAAGAAAAACUGCUAUAACUGGUCGAUCUCGACCUAAAUCCCCCAAAUAAGCACGCAGGCUUAGUGCCAGUUAGGCUGGGGAAACUAAUAAAUAAAACUCUGACAACGCAUAACUGGCACAGGGAACACGGCAGGAGCACAGAGGCUAAGCAAAAGAGAGAUUUGCUACAACUGGUCGAUCUCGACCUGAGUCCCCCAAAGAAGCACGCAGGCUUAGUGCCAGUUAGGCUGCCAGUUAGGCUGGGGAAAUUUAAUAAAACUCUGAUCAACGGAUAACUGGGACCGGGAACACUUCAGGAGCACAGAGGCUGAGUGCCAGGAAAACUGGGAAUUAUCUCCACUAAUGUACCCAACAAGGCACGUAGCCCAAUAACCAGUAAGGCUGCCAUAAAAGGCUAGGGCAGGACAUUGAAAGUAAACAAAUGGAUAACGACCCUGGCUAGAAGUCUGUAACAUUGCCUGCAACCUAACUGCAUCAAACGAGACUUAUGUCGCCUCCUAAAGAGCGGUUCCGGGACAGCUGACCUAGACAUACAUAGAAACUAAAUAUAUCAAGUAAAGGAGCAGGUGCAAAACUGAGAUAACUGUACAAGUACAUAAAAUAAGAAACGGGAAAAAACUGAAAACUAGCAGAGCUGAGCUACCGCUUACAAACUGAAGUAAAUGCGGUCAGACGGAGGCCAGAAAAAACCUGCCCAAAAAAACCCCGAAGGGAAAAAAUGCGGGCAGGAAAUCUGGGUAGGAACCAAGGCUCAAGCUCAAAGCCCUUCCUACGGGACUUUACAAUGUCAUCGAGAAUAUGUUGCUCCUAAAAAUAAAUAAAACAAAAAUAAAGAAAAACCAAAGAGAGGGUGGUUCGUAAGCCUAGAUGACGUACACGUGAUAUACGCAGCCUUAUAUACCCCCGAUAUGGCUACCCAUGGUGCACCCGGCCUAGUACCCAGGCCCUGUUGUAUCUCGUGCCGUCAAAAUAUUUAUUUCUGUCUUCUUCGCGGGCUCAUUCGUCAGAAAUAACAUUUUUGCACUCUAUGGCAUUUUUCACCUGCCCUCCGUUUAUGUCUUUCUAAUACCUCUCGCAUAUUCUGUUAAUCAAUUUACAGAUUCAAUCGGAGCUCCAGUCAUUUUAAGUUCCCGGAAGAUCAACUCUACAUCUUAUGAGAUUACAUGGGAACCAGUUCCUCAUUACAUUCACGGUGCAACCAUCGUAGGAUACCGCAUAUCAUACUAUACUGUACAGGGAUCCAACUUUAUGAUGAAUAUAACCUAUAUGGUUACCAACAGUAGUGAAUAUGCUGUAGUUCUUAAUGGUUUACAGCGUAAUUCAAACUACUGUGUCCAAGUUCGUGCCUUCACCAUCCAAGAGGAAGGUCCAGCCAGACAGUGCGUCUUUGUCAGUAACGGUAAGAUUUUAAAGCUGUAG